AUGAGCAAUUAUAUCCUUAAUUGCAUCCCUAACCUUAUUACAGAAGAUGAUAAUAAGAUGCUUAUUAUGAUGCCUUUGGAAGAGGAAAUCAAAGAGUUUGUCUUCCGUAUGAGCAUUGAUAGCUCUGCUGGACCUGAUGGCUUUAAUGGAAAACUUUUUCAAGCUACAUGGGAUAUCAUCAAGCAUGACAUCAUUGAAUUUGUCACUAAAUUUUAUUCCCACACCUGCAUAACUCUCAUUCCCAAGGUGGAUUCUCCUUCCAGAUUUGAAGAGCUUAGACCUAUUAGUCUAAGCAAUUACACUAGUGGUUUUAUCUCUGGAAGACUAAUUACGGAAAAUGUGAUGCUCGCUCAGGAGAUCAUUCAUGAUAUCUCCAAACCUAACAGGGGAGGGAAUAUUGUUAUGAAACUUGACAUGGCUAAAGACUAUGAUAGGCUUUCCUGGAGCUUCCUUAUUGAUGUCCUAAACAAAUUUGGCUUCUGCAAAGAAUGGUCUGAUAUGAUUUGGAGAAUGUUCUCGAAUGUCUGUCUCAUUCAUAAGGAGAACUUCACUAGCUUCUCUAUGAAUAAGAGAGGUCUUCAAAUUAAUCACCUAGCUUAUGCUGACGACAUUGUUAUAUUCUGUGGUGGUAACUCCAAAACUGUCAAGAUGGUGAUGAAAGAAAUCAGAAAGUAUGAAAAGGCAUCGGAUCAGCUUGUCAACAAGGAUAAAAGCUUCUUUCUCACUGGCCCUAAAGCUAAUGCUCAUAGAAUCAACAGAUUGAGAGAUUGCAUAGGAUUUGUGGACAAGAGUUUCCCUUUCACUUAUCUUGGUUGUCCAAUUUACAUUGGUAGAAAAAAGAUAUGCUACUUUGAUAACAUGGUUACUAGAGUUGUUAAGAGAUUGAAUAGAUGGCAAGAUGAAGGCGGCAUUGGUAUUAAAAGUCUUGAAGAUAUCUCUAAUACUUUAACUAUCAAGAGAUGGUGGAGGUUUAAAACAAAACCUUCAUUAUGGGCUGAUUUUCUUAGAGCUAAAUACUGUCCAAGAAGUCAUCCUGUUAAAAAGAAAUGGAUCUCGGGUAACUCACAAGCUUGGAAGAACUUGCUAUUGGCUAGAGACAAAGCUGAAGGCAACAUCACUUGGCUUAUUAACUCUGGUGAUUGCAAUUUUUGGUGGGACAACUGGACAAUGACAGACCCUCUGGCUUAUAGCAAUGCUAAUAUCGUUACCAACAUUGGUAAUAAUACCAAUAUUUGCGAGUUUAUAAGUUAUGGUGGCUGGGACAUGAAUAAGCUGCGCAACAUUCUUACAAACCAAAUGGUGGAAGUUAUUAGCAACAUUAACAUUGGCCAACCAACUGAUGUAGAUGAUGUUGUAUGGAACAUAACUGAAGAUGGCCAAUAUUCUAAUAAAUUUGCCUGGCAUACCAUUCUAAAUUAG